UCGUACGGGUGCGGGUGGUAAUUUCGUAUGUGUGUGUAAUUGGAAAAAUGCAUAGAUAACUUAGCUGAGCACAGUGAAAGGGAAUGCUUUUUAUUUAAAUUAAAAGUAUGUGCUAUAUGUAAUUUGUACACAAAAUAUGUGAGAAACGCAGCGCCAAAAAGGCGAAAAGGAAAACGCUGCGGCGAGGAGCAAAACUCAGCCGCAGACAAAGUGCAUUUUAGGGCGUGUUUGUAGCCCCCCACUUGUCUACUUGCGACAACGGCUGUCAGAGAGAAAAAGGCCACUGCCUACAAAAAUUAUUAAAUUGGCGCUUGAAAUUUGUUUAAAGGUCGUGCUCAGUUUGCAAAAGUCGAAUGAAAAAGUAGCAAAUUGUUGCCAAUUUCACAACUUCCUUGGCUCCGUUUUUGUAUACUCCAAAUUGCGAAGUGAAGUAAAAGAGGCGAGAGGCAGAGAGCGUAUCUCGUCAAAGAAAGAAAAGAGACGCAAAAAGAAAUGUGUGUAGAGUGGAGCAAGAUUUGUGUGCGUCGUCGUCGUCGAAGUAAUACAAAGCAAAGACGAUAAAAAGUGCAUAAAAUUGUUUAUCAUCAUCAUAAAUUAAAGUUGCAAGAAUUGUGCAAAAAAAAUAUAAGAAUUAAAUAAAUUAUAAAAACUGUUGCGCGAAAAACAGCAGCCAGCAACUAGCAGCUAUCCAUCAACCCACCCUCAGCGCCUGCUGCUCAGCUCCAUCUCCAUUUAGCUUUGUGUCACCGUAUCCGUGUCCGUCUAUUGUACAAGAGGGUACGUAUACGUGCGUGUCGUGUUUGUGCGUUGAUCUGCGUAUGUUAAAAGCGACAUGGGCGCGCAGCAGGGCAAGGAGCGCGGCUCACAUUCGAGCGGUGGCCAUGGAGGCACGGCCAGUUGCAUUGGCGUCUCUGGCGGCAGUCCAGUGGCCGCAUCUCCACACUGCAUAAGCGUGGGCAGCGGCAAUGCAUUGGGCGCUGGCUCCACAUUACGCGGCUCACGCAUCAAAUCGUCGGUGGGACAUGGCAGCGGGGGCGGCGGCAGCAGCAGCCUCUCGCAUCGAGGUGUCGGCAACUCGGGCGCUGUCCACGGUCAUAAGGAUAAUCGCUGUCAGCCGACCGUGGGUCACAAUGUGUUUACCGAACACAAUGGUACCAAGCACAGCUCUUUUCGCGGCCAUCCCAAAUAUCAGAUGAACUUAGAAGCGCUCUUGCAGUCUCGUCCUUUGCCACACAUUCCUGCUGGCAGCACGGCAGCUAGCUUGCUGGCCGAUGCUGCUGAUAUUCAUGCAGCCGCUGCUGCACAAAGCCAGGAUAGCGGCCUGUCGUCCCUGCACACUCAAAGUCACAGUCAAGGUCACAGUUCGGCAACGUCCGUCUUUGAGACUGCACAUCGCUGGACCUCCAAGGAGAAUCUGUUAGCGCCUGGACCCGAAGAGGAUGACCCACAGCUAUUCGUGGCUCUCUAUGACUUUCAGGCCGGCGGAGAGAAUCAGCUGAGUCUAAAAAAAGGCGAACAGGUGCGCAUAUUGUCAUACAAUAAGUCCGGUGAAUGGUGCGAGGCACACUCCGACUCGGGCAAUGUGGGCUGGGUACCAUCCAACUAUGUGACGCCGCUGAAUUCGCUGGAAAAGCACUCCUGGUAUCACGGACCCAUUUCGCGUAAUGCCGCCGAGUAUUUGCUCAGUUCGGGCAUCAAUGGCAGUUUUCUGGUGCGCGAGAGUGAAAGUUCGCCCGGUCAGCGCAGCAUCAGUCUGAGAUAUGAGGGUCGCGUCUAUCACUAUCGCAUCUCGGAGGAUCCCGAUGCCAAGGUCUUUGUCACACAGGAGGCAAAAUUCAAUACCCUGGCCGAACUGGUACACCAUCAUAGCGUGCCUCACGAGGGUCACGGCCUCAUCACGCCGCUGCUGUAUCCGGCCCCAAAGCAGAACAAACCCACUGUCUUCCCUCUAAGUCCGGAGCCGGACGAGUGGGAAAUCUGUCGCACAGACAUUAUGAUGAAACAUAAGCUCGGCGGCGGCCAAUACGGUGAAGUGUACGAAGCAAUGUGGAAGCGUUACGGCAAUACCGUAGCCGUCAAGACACUGAAAGAGGACACUAUGGCGCUUAAAGACUUCCUUGAGGAGGCUGCCAUCAUGAAGGAGAUGAAGCAUCCCAAUUUAGUGCAGCUAAUCGGUGUUUGCACUCGGGAGCCGCCAUUCUACAUCAUCACCGAGUUCAUGUCUCACGGCAAUCUGCUGGACUUUUUGCGCUCCGCCGGUCGUGAGACCCUAGAUGCCGUCGCUCUGCUCUACAUGGCCACGCAGAUAGCGUCCGGUAUGAGUUAUCUGGAGUCACGCAACUAUAUUCAUCGUGAUCUAGCGGCACGCAAUUGUCUCGUCGGCGACAACAAGCUCGUUAAAGUCGCCGACUUUGGGCUGGCACGGCUGAUGCGUGAUGACACCUAUACGGCGCAUGCCGGCGCCAAAUUUCCAAUCAAAUGGACCGCCCCCGAGGGACUGGCGUACAAUAAGUUCAGCACGAAGUCGGAUGUAUGGGCGUUUGGCGUGCUCCUGUGGGAGAUUGCCACAUAUGGCAUGUCACCCUAUCCGGGAAUUGAUCUCACAGAUGUAUACCAUAAGCUAGAGAAGGGCUAUCGCAUGGAGCGACCGCCCGGAUGCCCGCUUGAAGUGUACGAUCUCAUGCGCCAAUGCUGGCAAUGGGAUGCGGCGGAUCGGCCGACAUUCAAGAGCAUACAUCAUGCAUUGGAGCACAUGUUUCAGGAAUCGUCCAUCACCGAAGCGGUCGAGAAACAACUAAAUGCAACGGCAACCACGGCACCUGCGGCCAACAAUGCCACAGCAUCGGCGUCGUCAUCAGCGUCCGCCUCCUUGAGCCUGACACCGCAAAUGGUCAAGAAAGGCCUGCCCAGUGGUAAUGGUGGUGGUAGUAGUGGUGGCGGCGGCAGCGCCAGCUUAACAGCAGGUGGUCAUCACGAUCAGCAAGCGAGCACACCAAUGUCUGAAACUGGUUCCAGUUCAACCAAGUUGAGCACCUUCUCCAGCCAAGGCAAGGGUAAUGUUCAGAUGCGUCGCACCACCAAUAAGCAGGGAAAACAGGCACCAGCACCACCAAAGCGUACCAGCUUGCUCUCUAGCAGCCGGGACUCCACAUAUCGGGAGGAGGACGCACGCAAUUUCAUCGACGAGCUAAACUCCAAUGGUAGUAGCAAUGUUUUCAGCCAGACCCUCUGUAGAAAUUUCAAAACCCAAACUACUCCAACCCAAACACAAAUUCGAACACAACAACAGUAUUCCAUUAAGAAAUCAUCCUCUUGCAGUAGUUUCCUUUACGACAUCCUAUUUCGAGGUCUGACACGUGACAUUAACAAUCUGACGCAGCGCUAUGAUUCGGAGACGGACAACAAUGCCGGGGAUCCCGACACAGAUGCCACUGGCGAUAGUCUGGAACAGAAUCUGACAACCGUUGCGCAGAACAAAAUGCAACACUCGCUUCACGGUGGCGGCAUUGGACCGCGUGCCUCACAACAGCACAGCUCUUUUAAACGUCCAACACCCGUCAUGGGCAAUCGCGGCCUAGAGACGCGACAAAGCAAACGUUCGCAGCACCAUCCAGCCAGGGAGAAUUGUCUGGUGGGCGGCAGUAAUGCCAGUAUAAAUGGAAGCGGUGGCGUGCUGGCCAGUGGAGCACAUCCCAUUACCGUUGGCGCCUUGGAGGUGAUGAAUGUGAAACGUGUGGUAAACCGCUAUGGCACUCUACCAAAACAGGCACGAAUUGGCGCUUAUCUCGACAGUUUGGAGGACACAAACGAACCAUCAACGUCACCAUCAGCCUCGUCUGCAUUGGCCGCAGUUUUAGACCAUCCGGCAGCUGCACGACCAACGCCGGCCAUAGUUAACAACAAAUUAGCCGGCGCCAACAGUGGCCCAACGGCACAACCACCGGCACCGCCGCAGCAAAUGAUUCGUAGCAACUCCUCGGGCGGUGUGACAAUGCAAAACAAUGCCGCCGCCAGUCUAAAUAAGCUGCAACGCCAUCGCACCACCACCGAGGGUACCAUGAUGACGUUCUCCUCCUUCCGUGCGACCAACUCGGCCAAUUCGCCGAAGCGCAGUAUUCAGCAACCGGCGUUGGCUAACUUAGAGUUCCCACCGCCUCCACCACCAGAAGAGUUUGAGGCUGCACCACCGGCAGCCGAGUGUGCCGCUCAAGCUCUACAGCUGCAUCUGCAGGCGGCAUUGCCCAAUAGUAGCUCCAAUGAUGUGUCUAACACCGCACCCAGCGUCGAAGAGGCCAGCUCAAGAUUCGGUGUGUCACUGCGUAAACGCGAACCCUCAACCGACUCGUGCAGCUCUCUGGGCACCCCGCCCGACGCGGCACCCGAAAAAAGCUUCAAUCUCAAGGAGAAACUCAUAACGGAAAUUAAGGACCGUGGCAACCUAAACAACAAGGAGUCCACUAGCAUGUCCAAUGGCAGCUCCAGCGUCGAUCCCGUCUCCCUACUGGUUACAGAACUGGCCGAGAGCAUGAAUCUUCCAAAACAACAACAACAGAAGCUGCCACCCAAGUCAAGUCCCGCCUAUGAGGCCAAUCAAACCAAUGGCAACUCCAGUGGCACAUUCAAGACGCAGCUCAAGAAAGUUGAGCCCAAAAAACUGGGCACAUCCGGCCAGAAAACCGAACAGCCGAAAUCCAUAAUUAUUGACUACAAAGCGCAUCUGCGCAAGGUGGAAAAGGAGCCAAUUCAGGGUCAGGGAAACAAGGAGGAACGCAAGCCGAACAAUGCCAACAAUUCGACUGGCACGCUCCCACGCAAGGAUGACAAAAAAUUCUGCACAAGCACAAGCACACAAAAGACUGAAAUUAAAAUCGAUGUGACCAACACAAAUUCCAAUUCCAAUGCCAAUUUAAAUUCCAAUGUCAGCGUGGAUAGCGAAAUGGGAGGAGGCGAGAGUAGCGGCGAAACCGGCAAGCGACGCAGCACAGGUAGUAUUAAUAGUUUAAAAAAGCUCUGGGAGCAGCCGAAUGGCAGCGAUUAUGCCAGCACACAGUCAUCAUCUGUGUCUAUGGCUAUCAACGGUGGCGGUACGCAGCUAUCGCCAAAAUACGGACUAAAAUCCGGUACCAUGGUCACUACCCCAACCACCACAGCCAACAAGCCACCGCCGGCUGCUCCACCACCACCGCCCCCCACAACCAACAAUAGCACCAAUAGCACUACCACAACCUCCACCAUCAGCAGUAGCCAUAGCACAAGUCUUAGCACCUGUCUGCCAAAGACAUUACAACCAAAACAACAACAACAACAACAUGUAACUGCAAUAAAAACAUCUCUUUCAACGCAACUCUUCACAGAUGCCACCGAUAGCCACUCCGAAGACACAGCCACUGAGGGCAACAGCAGUGGGUCAAUGACGCGGGAUAACGAGAACAUGACGCAGUCCCUCUAUGGCGAGCACUCGAGCAACAACGCCAACAACAAGCAGCUGACUACAUCCAUCAUAUCAAGCAGCAACAAUAGCACAACAUCCACCACCAACAAUAGCAACAGCAACAAGCCUGCAGUCCCCCACAAGCCCACCAAACUGACCAUUUAUGCCACGCCUAUUGCCAAAAUAGCCGGGGUAAAUGUUGGCAGUCUUGUCGAUGGCUCCACCAGCAACAAUUCCACUCAGAUCUCGCGUGAGAGCAUUCUGGAUCUGGUCACACUGCUGGAGGGUUCGCUCAAGCAUCCGGUGAAUGCAAUUUCGGCCUCACAGUGGCUGCAGCUCAGCGAUAAGCUCAAUAUAUUGCAAAAUUCUUGCGUGAUAUUCGCAGACAACGAAUCGAUGCCACCGCACUCGAAAUUCCACUUUCGUGAGCUUGUGACACGGGUGGAGACGCAAUCGCAGAAUCUGCGCACAGCUGGUAGCAAGAAUGUGCAGGAUAAUGAGCGGCUGGUGGGUGAGGUCGGUCAGUCGCUCAAGCAGAUCUCGAAUGCCCUGCAUAGGUAAAUAUUAAGAAGGGGGAUGGAUGCGCAAGGCAGCGGAGCUGAUGGCGGCAAGGAAUUGUGGCUAGAUUCCGAGGGAAACUUUAUUAAGCGGAAACAGUGACACCAACCAACACCAAGCACACUCAAAUCAAACGCUCCCACCAUCCCCCCGGGGUCCUGAGAUCCCCCAAAACCAGCGAAGCGGACAGCAUCAUAAAAAUGUCAUUAAUGCAACACAGCAUAACUAAAACUAAAUAUAUUCAUACAUAUAUACAGACACAAUAUAUGUAUCUAGUAGCAUAUAAUAGCAAACUAAAUGCGAAAUAGUAAGGAUACAUAUAUAUAUAAUAUACAUAUAUAUCUAGUCAUAUGAACUGCGUCAACUAAAAUUAAAAAUGUGGAAGCUGUAGAGCGGAAACUGUAGAGUGGAAUCUGUAGCGCGGAAACUGUAGAGUGGAAACUGUAAUGUAGAAAUUCUAGAGUGGAGCGUGACGUAAAGUACGGGACCUUCAAACUGAGUUGCAAAGCAAAUUUGAACAAGAUUUCUGAAAGACUUUUUGUUUUUGUUUAUGGAAUCUUUAUGAAACUUUUGAAUUUUUUUUCCUAAUUGUAAAUUAUAUUUCUCAUAUAUUGUGUUUUAUAUAUUUUUAUUUGUUACAAUAACCAAACCUAUAUAAGUACAUAUGCUAAUCAAGCUUCGUUUUUACAACAUAAAGACACACCCUACGAUACACACAUAGGCAUAAAGACCUAAAAUUAUAUUACAAAUUUAUAUAUUAACUAUAAACACAUACAUACAUGCAUAAAUAUAUUCAUAGAAUAUUUCAAUAAAUCUAGUAAUUAACACAAUUGCAUAUACACACACAUACUGAAGAUAUUUAAAUAUAUACUAGUCGUAAAGUGUUUUCUUAUAAAUAUUAUAAAUAUACAACUCCCAAUUAUACAACAUGUGCAAGCAAGAUAAAUCAAGUUAUAUACAUACUUUUACAAUUAUUGAAUGACCAUUAUAUUCACAUACAUAUGUAUGCAUGUGUGUGGUAGGUGUGAAGGCAUAAAAACUCAUUUUUCAACGUGUAGACUUUUGGUGUUUUAGCAUUACGCAUGUGUGUAUGUACUCCAUAUAAAUUACUACAAAAAAUAUUAAUAAUAGAAAGGCAAACUGACAAAUAUCAGGACAAUUAUUAAAUUACUAGCAAAACCCAAAGAUAUUAUUAACUAACUACACAGAAAAG